AUGAGCGGCGGGGGCGAGAACGCGCAGUUCGGCGCCACCGCCGCGAUGGUCGCCGCGGCCACCACGGCCGCGAUACAGGAUUCACAGCCAUUCUCGCAGAUGCAAAGCAAUAUGGCUAUGGGUAAUCCCCAAUACAGUGCGAUGAAUGGCUACGGUCAGCAACGAAGCCAUAACCCCGCCAUGACAGGAAUGGGCAUGGGAAAUAACGGGGGAAUGAAUGGAAUGAACGGCAUGAAUGGCAUGACCGGCAUGACUGGAAUGGGCCAGAUGGGUAAUGCCUCCAUGAACGGUAUGAAUCCAAUGGCCCAGAUGGCCAAUAUGGGCAUGCAUGCUAACAUGAUGCCGUCUCAAAUGGGCCCCGCCCAAAUGGGAGGGUCGACCAAGAUGGGACCCGGCUACCAAAGGCGACACACGCCUUAUCCGACGGGUACCAUGCUGAUGGGAUCGCGAAAGAGUCAGUACAUUGGUGGACAACCGGGUUUCGGACCCGGGCAAUACCCGUCUGGAUAUGGCGGUCGACCUGGCUUCCAAGGCCAAUACCCUCCGCAACAACCUCUGGGACCAAGUGGGAACUUCGGCCCGACGAUGAGAGGGAACAUCAGACAAUCAACGCCGCCUUAUUCCAAUCAAGGGCAGUACUUUAACGGUGCUGUCCCGAACCAUUUCCCUCAACAUCAAGCUAAUUCAGCACAGUAUGCAGGGCAGUAUAGUGGUCAAUUCGCACAAGAGGUAGCAAUGCGAACUAACAAUUACCAACACAGUCCUGUACCUGGUAAUCCAACGCCGCCUUUGACGCCAGCGAGCAGUAUGCCACCGUACAUUAGUCCCAAUGCUGAUGUCAAACCUCAUUUCAACGAGCUCAAACCACCGAUGGGUAUGCAAAAUGACGAGCUUCGACUAACAUUCCCUGUAAGAGAUGGUAUCAUCUUACCACCAUUUAGAUUAGAACAUAAUUUAGCAGUUAGCAAUCACGUGUUUCAACUGAAGCCGACAGUCCAUUCUACGUUAAUAUGGAGAUCGGAUCUAGAACUACAAUUAAAAUGUUUCCAUCAUGAAGACCGACAAAUGAAUACGAAUUGGCCGGCGAGUGUUCAAGUUUCGGUGAACGCGACACCGCUUAUGAUAGACCGAGGGGAGAACAAAACCUCACAUAAACCAUUGUACCUGAAAGAAGUUUGUCAACCCGGGAGGAACACGAUACAGAUCACAGUGUCGGCUUGUUGUUGUUCUCACCUAUUCGUCCUACAACUUGUGCAUCGGCCGAGCGUACGAAGUGUUCUACAGGGAUUAUUAAGGAAGCGAUUAUUAACAGCGGACCAUUGUAUUGCUAAAAUUAAGAUGAACUUCAAUCAAACUUCUAGUGGGAAUAAUGGUACUAAUACCCCAAAUGAUAGAGAUAGUAUUGAACAAACUGCGUUAAAGGUAUCGCUUAAGUGUCCGAUAACGUUUAAGAAGAUAACUUUACCUGCACGAGGGCACGAGUGUAAACACAUACAGUGUUUUGACUUGGAAUCUUACCUACAGCUUAACUGCGAGAGAGGCUCGUGGAGAUGUCCAGUUUGCAACAAACCAGCUCAAUUAGAAGGACUAGAAGUGGACCAGUACAUGUGGGGCAUUCUUAAUACUUUAAAUACGUCGGAUGUUGAUGAAGUCACGAUUGAUAGUGGAGCGAAUUGGAAAGCAGCAAAGAAUUCAGCUAAUCCUAGUAUAAAGCAAGAAGACGAUAGCAACGACAGCAUGGGGAAACGAGGCAAGGCGAUGUCUCCUGGCUCCAUGAAUAUGCCAACUAUGAACAAUUGGGAUAUGAACCAGGCGUUAUCACCAUACUUACCUCCAGAUAUGAACACCAUAGCAAGUGGCUCCAUGAUCUCUUCGUACAAUCAGAGUAGUCAGAAUAGAGCGUCAAGUUCGAAUCAAAAUUACGAUUUUGGCAUGAACAACGGACCGGGAAGUAAUGAGUACGCCGGAAAUGGCCCGCUCUCACACCUCAAUGAUAGUGUCAAUUCCCUGGACCCUCUAAACGCGAUGGAGAAGAGUCUCAACGAACAAAUGCCCCACACACCUCACACACCACACACGCCUGGGUCCGCACAUACCCCAGGUGGCGGUGGUGCGCACACACCAGGCUCCAGCCAUACUCCAGGACCUCCUUCCGUCGGGCAUCAUUCCCUCAAUGAUGUCGACAUACCUGCUGAUUUGAACUUUGAUCCUGCAGCAGUUAUUGAUGGCGAGGGGACGGAUAACCUUAAUUUGCUGCCAGAGACGAGUGUGGACCCCAUGGAGUUGCUAUCGUAUCUAGACGCUCCGGCGCUAGGAGAACUACUUGCGACGCCGCCGUCGUCGUCAUCUUCGGCAGGCUCACACCCCCCUCGCGCUCCUUCUUCGGACGAUCUACUCGCGCUCUUCGAAUGA